GCCUGUGGGGUUGUAAGACCAUUAGUAUCAACUGUAUUAGCUAGAAACACAAGUGGAUUUCUUGACCACUCAUUGGACAGGUAUAACCACAGCAUAUGCUGAUGCAUUGUACUCCCAUCACUUUGGUCGAAUAAAAAGGAGAUCAUUGAGGACUAAAUUAAGCCCUGUGCUUGCUCGUGUGUACGACGUGUGUUUUUUUUUUGACAAGUAUUACAAGCCCGCGCUAUUUAUGUACGUAAACAAUCCCAUGUUAAAUUUCGCUCAAAGUUGCUUCCAACAAAACUUAAAAUAAAUUGAAUCUGUCUACGAUAUCACACUUCAAAAGCCAAUUGCAAAAUAGCCGAGAUUUAAUGGCAAUGUCCACUCGAAGAUGAAUGCGCAGUGACAUACUGCGCAAUUACUUGUCAAGUUUCCUUGACGUCUGUACACACGAACUUCUUCGAACUUCCUUGUCCAGAAACUGGCAUAACCAGCUGGCAAGACCAGCUUUUGAACAAAACUCUUUGUCAACAAAAAAUAUUGAAUACAUAGAAAGUAACAGUAUUUCUAGAAAUAUUUAUACCGAGUACGAGUACAGUACCAGUCCGCUGCCCCGAUACAGGGAAGGAAAUGACAUAAUUUAACAUUGUAUAUUACAUGUAAUUGUAAUGUGUAUUUAGGUCAAAGUUCGUCGCCAGUGAAAUGCCUCAAGCUUUUCAGUAUGAUGUUAUUCUCAAUGCAUAUCGAAAGGUAAAUACUAAGAUACACAGUAAUAUAAAAACCAGAGAUUACAUGACUGCAAUAUACAAUAUAUAGAUUUCCUGCUCACUCUAUUCUUUUCCUUAACUCAUUUUUAACACUAAGUUUAGUGCAGUAAAACAUCAAACCAAAUCAGGAAUCAUUUCGAUUUUUUCGACAUCAGAGUCAAACUCUGUCUGAUGUCUCUCAAUAUAUCUCAUUAUUCUUCCGAAUACGUUUCUUUUUACAUUUUUAUAGAAUGUUCAUCCCUUUAUUAUAUUUAUUUUCCCCACUUUUACAUUGUAUUUUCCCAGGAACGUUAUUAGUGAUAGUGGUUGUAAACGCAAGAUUGUAAUUUCCAUGUCUAUAUGUAUACUUGUGUCAUUUUAGUGCACACAAGAUGAUUUUGAUUUUGGUACUGAGUGUUUACAUCUUGCGUUCAAAUACAGCAGUGUUCGAGCAUUUUUAAUUGAUGGACCAGAUUACCUUUGGAAGGUACAGUGGUAUACGACAUGAUUUAUAACUCAAUAUCUUCAGGAUAUAUUGCUAUAUCACUGGAAAAAUAUUUGAAAAUCCAUAGAAUGGAAAUUGUAUGGACCUUUAUUGGAAAUAGGAUGGAUUCUUGAUUAUCCAUAAUAAUUGUAUAUUUCCAUACUAUGGAUGUAGUAUCGAAAUAGUAUGGAUAUACUAUGGAUUUAGUGGUGCAAUUACAAAUCUCAUAGUAUGGAUUUCACAUUUUUUCCCAGUGUAUCUUACUGUAUUUACGAUAAUUUGUGAUACUCAUGUUAUUGUACCAUUCAAUCAUUUAUAUACUCAUUGAUGGUACUUCUUCAAUUUUAAACAACAGGUAACUUAUAAAAAAGACAUCUUUGCAGCCGAAGGCAUAAUAAAAGGUAAGUAUUCGUGUACACAGUUGUCCAAAGUGUUCAAUCUUCCUCCGGGUAAAAUUUUUAAACCAUCCUCAAAUUAAUAUCCUAUUUCCUACUCAGUUUUUAUUGUUUCCUCCUCAGUAUUCUUCAAGGUAAUAGUCAUCUGGUAUCGUUACUAUCACAAUUGUUUUCAGUACAAUAUGAGCAUCCUACCAACCUCAAGAUGCCGAGUCAAGUAUCAUUUGGUUGUUUUAUGCAUGGUGUUAAUGUGGAGUAGAGUGUUCCAUAUUAAACCUUCCUCACUGACGUCACAUAUGGUAAACCUCACGAGUGGUACCCGCGUACCCGCAGCUUUUUUGCAACUCUGUUUGUGUAUUCGGUCGUUUAAAUCGUAAUUUUAUCGUUCGCCUUGAAUUGAAAUAAAUGCAUGGAUAAGAAAAUAUCGAAACUCACAUGGUUAUACUGUAUAGCUACUAGCUAGCCAGUAUUCGACAUUUUAUCUAAAUUUUCUAUUCUAUAUAUUUUGUUCAUGUAUUACUUUCUAUAUUAUACAGUAGCAUGCAUGAACUAAACUCUGUCGUUAGACAUGUGGUAUUUUAUGAAUAUGCUUUCCUUCAACAAACUUACUUAAUCUGUAUAAUAUGGGGGAGAUUAGGGAGAAUUUCUCUCUAAUAAUGCAAUUUUAUUUUUUACAAGCUUUUAGCAGCCACUGACCUGUACGUGACUGUAAUGUUAUCAGUAAGGUUCUUAAAUUUGCCUUUCUUUCCAGAACGGCUACGACGACAUGCUUUAUUUUCCGGAUAUGAGAGUAGCCACGUUCUUGAGGAAAUUAUUAGAGAACAGUUUAAAAUAAAGGGUGUCGAGGUAAGAUUAUUAAGGCUUACAGUACAGUACAGUAUAAUAUAUAUAAAUUGGUCGAAGGGAUACAGUACUGUACAUGAAAAACAGUUAAAGUUUACAGACACUCCUGUAUGAGUAUUUCUUCUAUUCUUUUUAUAUUAUUUAAUUCUUUUCUAAUUUGUAAUAGGUUUAAAAACGAAUUAAUGUAAAUUUUUUGAGUUGCGAUCUUUGAGAGUGAGUAAUCCAUUGUACUGCAUUGUUCAGAAUAAUAGCAUGUACAAUACCUUUCUCAAUUGUAGAUCGAAAAUGUGAAAGAGAUUGGAUUGUGUAAAGUGAACAUCCUGGUUAAUUUUUCAUUACUUCAGCAGCAUCCAUGUGUAAGUUCUCUUUUGAGGCUCCCAAAUCCAUCAAUUCUGAAACAAUCACUUAGAUUCUUAAUCUUUGCAUAAUUUCAUUCAAAUGUAAUUUUAUACUGUAUGUAUACGUUCUUUCAUUUAGUCAGAAAAUGAUUCGAGAAGAAAUAUCAUAAUAGAAGACUUACAAAGUGUUGAGAAAAACGGCAUCUUGAUAAUUAUUCAGGGUGGUGGUGAAGAGGAACUAUCAGAUCUAAGGGUACUGAGAUAUAUGUUCAAUUGUUUUGCUGGGAUUGGAUACAGUUUUAUCUGCGUUUCGGGCAAUUUUCCGAUGUACAGUCUUUUAAUAAUAUACAAUAUAUAUUGUUACAAUUGAUGUAGGGAAUCUAGGGAUUGAGGCCUCCUAGAAACUUUGGGGGAAACUUUUGAUGGGGUUAAUGGUUACAAACCCUAACAUCCUAAUAUUAAUUCCACCAAGUGAAGUGCAGAACUAAGUUAUUCAAGUCCACCUUAAUCAUCUUCAAUUUUCGUCCUCAGUCACUUGGCUUCUCUUCUUCCUGUGUUUUCCCGCAAAAUUACCUUAUACUCUAUUAAAUUGCGCCAUUGCAUGUGUUGACGGUUGCAUAUACAUAUCCCAAAUAGCAUUUUUAUAUCCUACCGUAUCCUCACGCAUUUAUUCGUAUGAAUAUCUCUUCAGAGAUUACCACCCUGCCCGGCAAUGUCGUCGACCUGGUACUGUAGGUUCUUCGGUAAUUGUACUGCAAAAGUUUAUAAAAGCCGUUUUCUUCAAAUUUUAGAAAAUAACAGAUCAUAUUUCUCGGAAAGGCAGAGAAGAAGGGGUGAUAUGUUGUGGAGUUUGGUGUGAAAAUUUCUCUUUAUCAACGCCACUGCAG